AUGAUCACACGAGUAUUCUAUAACUACGAGAAUAUGAGAAGAACUACGAUGGAUUAUGAGAAAGACAUUACGAGAGAGAAAGACUACGUGAGACUGAACGCGAAGAUCCAAUGGAAGAAAAGUGGCAUGCUUACUACUUUGAGAGCACUCAGAGAAAUAAAGAUGCUAAUAAAAGAUUUUAUAGCAGACCGAGGCAAGCCCCCUGACUUCUUGGCCUUCUCGAUAACUUUGCUGAUGAUGAUGGUGCUAGUGGCCGGCGUGAAGAAGUCAUUGUUCUUUAACAACGUGUUGAAUGCCAUCAACCUAAGCGUGUGGGUGUUCAUCAUGGCAGCUGGUCUAUUCUACGUCAACAUCCAUAAUUGGACCGACCACAAAGGAUUCCUGCCUUACGGUUGGAGCGGGAAUAUAAUAUCUCCAGUAGCUAAGUUGAUAUCUCUUACUCCCUCACAAACAUUAUCUCCAGUGUAA